CUGUUUGUUAUGUUCGCAAACCCUUUGCUUUUGCAUGGACAAUAUCGCAUUUGAAGUUGUUUACUCAUACACAGUGGAGACGAGAACGAGCAUAGUUAGGUUGAACUGUCAAGAAAAAUUCCGCAAAGCGGCAUUUAAUUGAUUCGCUGCCAUAGCCCGUAAUCAAAGAUGAAUUCAAGAAUUCUGGAGCAUUUACGCGGUCGUCCGAUUGCACCGAUUGUCAAUGCGUCGAGCGAAAAAUCCGACACAAAGGCACUGAAAAUGAUGUGCAUUCUAGACUAUGAACUGGAUGUGUCGGGAUUGUAUCCGCAAAUUGAGACAAUACCAAAAUUGAAGACGCAGUUACUGAAAAUUCAUUCGUUUGCCUCGUUCAAGUACUUCAGAUACAAUUUGGCGAAAGAAGCGAUAAUCAAUGACAAAGUUUUGAAGUGCAAACAUUGCGAAUUGAUUGCAUCUUACUUGUUGAUGCUGGAGCACAUGGCCAUCAGUCAUAAUUUUCACGCCAGUGCCAAAAUGUGUAUGUGGUGUGAAAAACACGAACUUCAAGAUCACAUCAUGUCAAAUUCAUUGGACGCGUGCUAUACCAGCUAUUUGUCGAAGCAUCGAUUCAGUAGCACACAAUUCCCCGCGGUGAUUGUGAGAUUUUACGAUUUGUUACGCAAAGUGGCCAGAACACUCCGUAUUGAAACCCAUCGCACGAAAGAUUUCAAAUGUGCAAGGGUUGACAACGAAGAAACAAUUCCACUCGAUCGAAUCGAUGACUCGAUGGACAGCAAAAUCAUCGUAUCCAAACCAUUUAAAUGGAAAUACAAAGAGACUGAUGAACGUUUCAUGGAAAAAUUGUUCCAAACAGCAAUGGCGUACUUUCACGAACAAAAGGUGGGCGAAUACACUUGCACAACAACACCCGAUAUGAAUGCAACCAGCACAACGCAAUCGACGGCUUAUUCGUUUAGUUCAACUGUUAGUCGACGCUCCAGUGUCAGCAGCCGAAUGAACAUUGGCGUCGAUUCGAUAAAAUUUGCGAUUCCAAGCCCAUCCACUCGAUAUGAUUCACCCAAAUCAUUGUCUCCGUUUGAUAUGCCCAGUUCAACGUCGCAACUUGCACCGAUACCACCGUUGUCACUGUCACCGCCGCCAUUGGUAACGCAACUACCAUCAUUGCCAAUGUUCGAUAUGCCGCUACAGGAAUUGGGUUUUGCCAACUUCAUUUCAUCUGUGUUGAACAGUUUCCAUGACGAUCGACUAAAAAUGCGAGCCGAAUUGGAAAUCAAACAGAUUAUUUACAAAUACUCCGCCGAAGAUGUUGCGAAGCAAAUGACAAACAAUAGUCAAGACAGUGAAUCUGACGACUGACUUUCUUUGUUUAUCAAAAAAACACUUUAUUGAUACCUAUCGAAUAAUCAUUAGUAAUUAACAUUACAUGUAAUGUAUGUAAUGCAUGAAUUAUCCUGUUCAGAACAAGCAAAUAAAUUGCAGAAUGCAACAAACUUUUGAAUUUCUUGACAA